AUGGCCAGUUUUGAUGAUAAUGCUACUCGGGCCAAGCGGAGAAGGAUUGAUGAUGACGCUGCUGUUGUUUCAGCUCCCGAGAUAACUUCAUAUCAGCAAUUAAGAGAUAUCUUGACCUUUCAGCAGAGCAUAUCACAAGAAACAAAACAGGGAGUUCGUCACUUCAAGGACUUCCUGUCUUCAAUCCAAGGGGAUAUUUCGGAGACUGAAAAGGCGCAAAAACUUCAAGUUCUUCAAAAAUAUUGUGCUUCUCAAUAUGUUAAAAGAGGAGAUGAUAGCCUCUCUAUUUGCUUUACUGACCUUAUUAGUAUAUGGAAUUUUGCAGAAAGCAACAAUGAGGAAUCUCUACUUUCUCUAAUACCAUCUGUUCUUGCAUCGUUCCUGAAGACUGUCUCAUCUCGGCUUGAAUUCAGAGAAUUUGCCAUUGAGCUUAGCAAGUACUUGCUGAGCAAAGAAAAUCUUAAACUUUUCAACCGCGGGCUUACUGCGAGCAAGUCAAAAGAGCAUCUGAUAUCACCUUGCCUACGGCUUCUGACUGAGAUUGUGUGCUUUGAUGGUGGUGCAGUUGCAAAGGUCGUCUAUGCCAAACGGGAUAUCACGCUAAAGAGGCUCGAUGUGUUCCUAACAGCUCGUAAGGCCCAAGCGGAAGAAACAACUCCGGAUCGACGUAAGCCUACACUACGCCGGAUCGCCCAGCGAUAUUUGCUUGCGAAUUUAAGAUACCAAAGUCCUGCGGCUAAAGCUGAGCUUCUGGGACAGGGGAAACUUGUGAAAGCAUUUAUAGAAGAUAUUAAGAGGGACUCUGGGGACAUAGUGGUUGAUAUUAUUAAGACUCUCGAUAAAUACGUUAUCUCGGAUACUGCCUUAUCCCGUAGUAUCAAGAGCCGUCUCCUUAGCCGAUGGAACCUUGAAAGACUUGCAACUCUCUAUGGAUAUGAACGGGAUUUAGACGAAGUUACCCCCGGAGGUGUAUCUGUUUCUGAUGAGAUCCACAAGUUUCUACUUACGGUUUGCACAAAUGUUGAAAAAGGCGUGCUGCUCUCAGAUAAUGGCUGGUACUCAGGAAGCAACACGGAGCCAUUGAUAAACGACGACGAAACUAUCUCCCUCGGCCUUGAUGCACCGACUCACUUUGAUAAAUUCAACGAAUCGAUCCCCAUUCGCAAUGGAAACCUUUCAGUUUUGAUUCAGUUCCUCCGCCCUGAAUCGGACACUCGACAAAUGCAGCUGCUCUUGAAGAUUUUUCGAGCUGCUCCCGAGCUGGUGUAUGAUUAUUUUUCGAAACGCAACAUGUUUUGUUCUGACCCAAAACCAACACAAGCAUGGCUUGGAGAGUCAGCAUUUUUAUUUUCUACAAUCCAGCUGCCUGUCCCUCAAAAAUGUGGCUUCAGAGAAGGCUCGCCAGCUGUGCCUCCUCCUGUGUCUGUGGCUAUUGAAAGCAUCCUCCCGCGCCCACUUACCCAAAGGAUGUUGACCCGCUGUAUGAACCAGAACACUGAAAUUGUUACACUAUUUGCAAUCAAGGCAACAACAGCGGCUCUUCGGAAACUUCAGACAGUGUUAAAAAUGUUUGAAACCAUGGGAAGCUCGAAUCCAGGCCUCUGGCAUCAGGCUUCUACCAAACUUAUGGACGAGUUCACUGCUAGGUGCCCCACAAUGAAGGACACCAUCACUGCGUUUCGACAAGCUCCAAAAGAUGAUCUCCAACAGCGAGAUGCCCUUUUAGAACUACUUUCCUUAUUUUAUCAAGUUACUCCGACGGUAGCUUUUGAAGAAAAGUUCGACGUAUCACUAACACUGGUAGAAAUACUGAACCAGCUCGAUAAUGAUGAAUUAUCUGCAGAAAGUCGCCAACUGCUUUUCAGCCAGCUGCAGCAUAUUCUGUCAAUUUCACAGCAUUCACCAUCCAUGCGUUGGUGGCAAAAGCCCGCAUCCCUAUCCUUAUCAGCGUUUACGUCUGUUCUAAAGAUUGCCGUGGAGAAAAGAGAACAUAGUGCUCAAGCCAAAAUGAAUUCCUUACUUCAAGACGUCUUGACACAGGAUUCGAUUUUGGCACAGCCCAAAUCAUUUGAGGCCCUGAUGCACAGUAUCCAGUCGAUGGAUGGGCAAGCUCCUAUUCCUUGGCUCUUUAUCGAUAAUUGCCUUACGAGACUGGCCAAACGGCCUGUUCCCUAUCUUGACCAAGUGGAGUCCUUACCAAGGGAGAAGUCACCACAAAUAAGCCCAAUCCUCGUCGUUAUUAGAGAACAGUGGCCUUUUAUUGUGAAAGCACAGAAUGAUGAGAAUGAGGUUUCAACAGCUGUGUGGAUAUCCACAUUUCUAGGGUGUCUAAAAGCGUGUGGUGAGGACACGAAAGCGCUUUCUUCAGUUCGUGACAGGAUUUUGGACGAAACCAAGUUUAAAAAGAGUCGAUCUUUGUUGAAGGGGGCAUUUGAUCAUGAUAUCGGAGUAGAGAGGCAUGAAGAUCCUGAAACCGACACUCCAACGAAUGGUACUGAGACUAGUUCCAAGUCUGCGGCUGCCCAGGGCGUGAAUUUGUCCGAUGUCUUCGGCCAAAUGCAAACCAGUGAUGAAUCUCAUGUUGGACUGCACAAGUGGGAAAGAGAAGACCUCGAACUGGCAAUAGAUCAAGGAUAUAUAGGGGAUCUAAUACUCUGCGUCUGCUCUGAGCACGAAGAAAUUCGCCGUCAAGCCAUGGCUGGUUUAUCACGCUUCAUGGCUAAGCUAAAGGAAUCCUCAUUCGAAGAGCGGCAACCUAUCUAUGUGCUUAUUGGUGAAUUGUUGGAAACAAUCAAAGGACUAGGGCUUGAAACGCCGCCACCGUUUAUUAUUGGAGAGCUCGCAGCUCGGAUGCUAGCCAUCCUCACAAACCCUAGCCAUAGGCUAUAUGGAAAGAUCAAUACAUUCCUAAACAAGAGUCCACAAUGGGAAGUUGGGAAGAUACCCUCGUACUGGAUCGAUAAAAUACUAUACCACGAGCCUGAAAGCGAUGACGGCCAUCAUGAGGAAGUUGCCUGGUUAUUGGAUCUAUUUAUUAGCGGACUCCGAUCUGAACUGGAUAUGGACAUAUACCGACGAGCCGGCGUAUUCGAACGGCUUCUCUCCCUCUACAGUUCUCCCGCACUGACGACAGGACUCAGAAAGAAGAUCCUCCACCUAGUAUAUCGUGUGUGUGAGGUCGGGGGCAGCACGACGCUGGUCACCCGGGCUGCUGCUCUCAGCUGGGUGCAAGGCCAGAUCGCAGCAUCUGACGUCCACAGCAGCACCCUGCGAGCCCUCGCAACGGAGCUGUACAAGACCAGCUCCAACGAAUGGGUUGAUCGCUGGAGUGGCUCUGCGUUGGCAGCGGCCGUGGAGGCGACAGGGGCUUUGAGUGCACAGCAGUAG